CACAUCCAGGCUGGUGAUGACGGUUCAACUCCCUCCCUGCUGCCAGGACAGAAGCCAGCCUUUCUCCUCUUAUCUCACGCACCUCAUGCUGAUCUACAGUCCUACAUCCGACAACUCAGCUUCUGAGUUGCGAUGUCUGUGACAGUGAAGUCAUUGAACGGUGACACCGCGUUUUUGCUCACCUUCAGCCCCCCCGUGGCCCCACUGUCCUCUCCUGGCCUCUUCCCAGGAUCCUUCACAGUUCUGAUCGAUCCUUGGCUGGUUGGCCCCUCCAUCAUCUUUAACCCCAUCUUCUCCCUUUCGCACCAAAAGACGCAGCCAUGUAUAACUCACCUCAAGGAACUGGACCACGAACCGGAUCUUAUUCUCAUCUCGCAGGACAAACCUGACCACUGCCACGAAGCGACGCUCCGUCAGCUGUCGACGGACUGUGAAUCUACGAUUCUCGCGACCCCGCCUGCCGCUAGAAAGAUCCAGUCGUGGAAACACUUUCGGCCUGAGCUAGUUCAUGCCUUGCCCAAAUACGUGCAAGGCGAUGAACGAACCAUCCACCGCAUUGUAUUGCCGCCGCCGACACCGAGAGGGUCGUGCGGCGAGGUCACCAUAGCAUGGAUGCCGGAGAAGAGAGAUGUCUCGAAGCUACACCAUGCCAUUGGCAUCACCUAUCGACCACCAUACACAGUAUUGUCGGCUACGAAGGCAGGGUACUACCUAGACCUUCCCAUGAGCCCACCUGCAUCGCCGGGGUCACCCAUGACCAUCGCAUCGUCGCCUCGAACGAUCGUGCCAUCGCCCAACGGUGACCGCGAGAAGACACUAUCCGUCAUUUACUCGCCGCAUGGGGUCUCAUAUGACAUCGUCCGCUCCUACGCCUCCUCUCACUUGGUCUCAGAGUCGGCUCUACCAUUGACUGCACUACUGCAUUCCUUCGACUGCGUAGACAAUCCAUGGUACCUGGGCGGGAACAUCUCUGCUGGCUCUCCUGGCGGCGUUCGCAUCGCUCGUGACCUGUAUGCCAAAGCCUGGAUAUCAGCACACGACGCCGACAAGGACAACUCGGGUUGGUCUGUCAAGCAGACUCGCAUUACGAAAUCUACCAUCGACCAUAUCACGAAGCUACUCCAGGACAGCCAUGCUGAGAAGCGCCGGACUGUUCGCACCGAUGUUGUUACUCUAGCAUCGGGCGAAGGACGACGUAUCGAACGAUGACUGAAAUUUGGAGUUCGGUGGUCCGAGGGAGAACUGAUUUAUGGCAAACAACCAUCUUUGGUACGACGAUGUUCGCGGCCACUUGGCCGUUGUAUAUCCGCUACAGCAGGCC